CUGAUAGAGGUAAAGGAAAAGAAAGGAAAGCAAAAAUAUAAAAAGAGAAAAGUCUUGACAAGAUGACUCCACUUUGUUGCCUGCUAUGGCUUUGAUAUGUUUUAGAUUAUUACUCUGACUAUUUCCAACGAAAAUAUUUGACUGGUAAAUUAUGAAAGUAAGAUGUAGAAGACAAGCUAUCAUCUAAAGUGACUUGAAGUGUCAAGUUGUAUAGCAGUGCUGGUUUAAGUGGUGCCGAAUCAUGUCGCAGAAAGUGACACAAGCAUUUCAUCUUAAUUGUUUUCCCUUUAUACAGAAAAAAGGCAAGUCUGGUGUUGUCGGACCUAAAAAAUCAGAACAGUUGACCAUCAGCCAUGGAGUUGUCAGUGAUUCUCAGAAUAAAUCGGGUCCGAAUGAAACAGAACCUUUGUCCAGUGAAAUGGAAACUGUAAUUAUUCAAGGAACAGAUUUUGCUAAAGAAUUUGAAAAGCCCAAUGAUCGUGCCAGCCAUAUUAAAAUUGGUCGGGCUAAACAGAAAAUUGUUGGUAACCAAGGAACUAUUCUUCAGUGUACCAGUGUGAAUGUUGCCAGCAGCAAUAACAAAAGUGAUGGCAAACUUAAUGCUGUUGCCCCAAAAACUACAGUGGCUCAAUCUGUUGAAACUGCAGCAAAGAAAAACGAUGGGCCUUGCCGAACAAGUGACUUAGAAGGAAGUGCAGCUAGCAGCUGUUCUGCUGUCAAGACAAACUGCAAAAAAGCUGGAAGUACUGCCGUGCCAGUUACUACUAGUUGUACAAUAACAGCUGCCUCAGGAAGAAAGGAUGGAAGCUUUGUUGGAAGAGGAAACGUCCAACUAGUUAAUACUAGUUGUAUUACCAAGGGAAAGAUUCUCACAAGACCAGCUCCUAUUGUUCCUCCACCUUUAAGACCUAAUGAUAAUUCAAAAACUAUGAGACGUAAUUCAGCUUUUUCAAACAUGAGACCAGUUGUUCCGAACCCUGGGAAUAUAUUUCCUGGUUCUACUCCACCAAGGGUUCGAAAUCCUGGCUCCAACUUCAAUACACCUCGACCAGGUGUUUGUGUACAAGGCAAUUUAUAUGGUAGACCAAAUGUUCCAAUGGCCAACGUGAGGAAUGCCAGACAGAUGGGUAUGGUGAACAGAUUCAACACCCCCCGAUCAGUUGGUGGAAUACUUGUGCGACCAAGUGGUACUCCUUUGAUGCGACCAACAUGUCCUGGAACUAAGGCUAAUCAGUUAAUUAUGUCCAGUGUUUCUAAUAUAGUGAAUCCCAAGAUUGCAGGUUCUAGCAAGCAGAAUGUCAAAGCGAAUUCUAAUACUACUACUACUACUACUAGUGCUUCAUCUGCUACAACUACUACAGCAACUACUACUACUACAACAGCUACAACCACAACUACUACUACAACUAUUAAUAAUGUUAAUAUUAAAAAUAAUGUGACUUUUACCAACUCUAAAAGCAAGACAUUAGCAUCAGAUGGAAAUAGUGGCAAGGCCAACAAUGGGAGGAAUUUGGUAAAAUCAAAACCUGAAUCAAACAAAGUGAUUAGUGAAACAAAAACACAGGUGAACACUAGUAACUCUACUCUUGAUUUAGAUGUCACUAAAAAGAUCAGCAAUAAUAAUAAUAAUAAUGAUACUAAUAAAAGUACCAAUGUUGGUGCUAGUAAGUUUUCUGAGAACAGUCAAGUAAAUGUAGCUAGUAGUAGUAGUACUAAGUCGAACAGUAUUGUAAAAGUUGCAAGCAGCACAGCAGUACAUACAGUGCCAUCUUCCAGCUCAUCUAUUAUAAACGACAAGUUAAUCAUCACCACCACCACUAAUACUGCUACUGCUAUAAAAGCAAGCCCCAAACCAAGUGGAACUAUUUCUUCAAGCUUACCAAAUUCUACUCCAGUUGCUUCUGUCAGUGGACAGUUACAAUCUUCAUGUACUGAAACUAAAGAAAAGGAACAGCAUCCACCAGAUUCCACUGGUGCAGAAGAGAGCUGUGAUGUAUUGGAUGACAGUGAAGGAUCUAAAAGUGCCAUUUCAUUCUCCUUUUGUCGAAAAAUGGGGCAAAAGUUAUCAUCUUCGGUUCCAUUUGGUAAGGAAAGAGAUGAAAAACUGUUACAUUCUGGUGAAAGUGAGAGAGAACCUAAAGAAAGUAAAGCAGCUGAAGAAACCAGUGAUAGUGUAGAAAAAGGUGAUGCAGAAAAGUCUGAGAAGUCUUCUGAAGAGAAGCCGGCUGCUAAAGAUUUGCCACCUGCUGGAAUGCCAUUUUUAAAAGUUCUUAACAAAGAACAAACACUUGAGUUAGACUGGCCUGUUGAAAUGAUCCAGUAUACAAAAACUCAGCCUCCCAUAACCUAUAGCUGUAAUCCUCUCUUCUUUGACUUCAGUGAAUUAUUACCGAAGAAUAAAUCUCAGAAAAGCGAUGAUGUUUCUAAAACUAAAGUAAAAGUGAAAAGUGAGGAGAUGUCAACUGUAAAGGUGGAGGUAAAUAGCUUCACUAACAAGGAUGAGCUGAAGGAAAGUAAGCCACUGGCAAGGAAGUCUAAGAAGAAAAAGCGAAAAUUGUCCACUCAACAUCACUCUGAUGAAGAUGAACCAAAAGCGAAGAAGAAGAAGAAAAAGAAACACAAGAAGAAAGAGCAUAAAACAGAGGAAGGUGUUUCUGGCAAAGAUGAUAAUAAGAAUGUGUCUGUGGAAAGUGGGAAGAAUAAAAGACAUAAGAAGAAAAAGAAACGAUCUCAUCAAUCUGGCACCAAGUCUGAUACUGAGUUAGGAGACGGUGGUGAAGCAGUUCGGAACAAAAGUUCACAUAAAAGCAAGCAUAAAAAACACAAAUCAAGAAAAUCCAAGAAGAAAAGGCACAAAAGUGAUGAGUUUGAGAAGCAAUCUCAAAGUGGUCAUGAGAGCGAAGAGGAAACUACAGGUCCAUAUGGCAUCGGUCUGAAAAAUAAACAGUUGAAGAAAAGAAAAUCACAACUGAAAUCUGAAAGUGGCAAUAUUUCUUCAGAAGAAGAAACUACAGCAGCAGCAGCAUCUGAUAAUAGUAAGGUUGCCAAAGUUCACAAAACCAAAGUUAAAUUGGUCGGUGUUGAUCGAAGUGAAUUACCUGAGCUGGACUCUAAGCAGUCCACUGCUGUUGCUACUGCUACUACUACUACUGCCAUUUCUAUGGGUGAAGAGGAAAAGCCUGAUGUAAGUAAGAAAAGACCUGUGAGCGUUGGUACUUCUGGUUCUUUAUUUGAAUCUAUGGAUGAUUGUAAGAAAAUUUCAAAAGAAGAAACUGUUUGUGUAAAGGCUGGUUCUAGCAGCGAGAGGAAGCGCCAUUCUGGUGAUAUUGAUUCUCCUUUAAAUAGUAAGAGGAAAGCAUCUAAAAAUCCUUGUAUAAAGAGUGAAGAAGACACAUGGAGUAAAAUGGAAAAUCUAUUUGAAGCUCGCUUCGACCCGGAAGGGAACAAAGCAUCAUGGGACACAAGCAGUGAUAGUGAUGUUGAAUCCCCUGUUAAUUCAUGUUUGAAGUCUAAAAAUAACAGUGAAGUCUUUAAGAGAAAGAAGAAUGGUGAUGAAUCCAUACAGACCGAUAAAAAAGAAAUUAAUAAAAAUAAUAAUAAUAAUAGCAACAACAAUAAUAAUAGUAAUAAUAAUAAUAAUAGUAAUAAUAAAAGUGCAUUUUCAAGUUCGAAAGUUGACUCCCGUAUUGAAAAUUACCAUCAAAGCUCUGGAAGUGAUACGGAUCAGCCUUCUUGCUCUGUACAGAAAAGCUACAAACGAAAGAAAUGUUAUUCUGGUGAGAGUCAUCACAGUGAGAGUCAGUGUCGAAGCAGGGAACAUUCUUAUAGCUCAUCUUACAGCGAUAGAGACUCGCAUUAUUCAGACAAAUCAAAACAUAGGCACUCUAGGUCACAUUCAUCCAGCAAUUCUCGAUCGAGGUCACGAUCACGGUCAGUGUCCUACGAAAGACAUGGUUCUCACAGAGGUCGACGUUACUCCUACAGUAGUUAUUCGGAAGACGACUAUCGUUACAGGCGCAGGCGUACGGCAUCACGCUCUUGCAGCCGGCACCGGUCUCGAACUCGUUCCAGCUCGUACAGCCAUUCUAGAAGAUACAGAUCCUAUUCCAGUGAACACCGAUCAUACACUAGCAGCAGUAGCCGGUCAAGAAGUCGAUCAGAGUCACGGGGUCGCUCUCGCUCAUAUUCCUACUCACGAUCACACUCCAAAUCUUCCUCCUACUCGAGGUCGCGAUCAAGGUCACGGUCGUAUCAUAAGUCUCAUUCAAAGUCACGCUCACCCCACAAAUCUAAAUCAGAUUACAGACACAAAAGUAGUCCAGAACCCAGAUAUAGUUCUUCUUACUCGACCAAAAAAUAUUCUCAAAGUCUUCAGAGUAAAAAGAGUGACAAUGAUAAAAGUGGCAAGCUUGAUCCUGCUAAAAUUCCAAUGCCUGGUGAUAUCAAAGAUGGUGGAAGUGACCAACAGGACAAAAGUAAAGGGAAAAGUUCCACAGGAGAAAGUACCAAGUCAGCUACACCUGUCAGUGAAGCUAGCACUGCAACAACCAGUGUCACUAGCAAGGCUGACACAGCUGCGCCGAGCAACAGCAGUGAUGCGAAACCAAGCAGCGGUGGCUUGAAAAAUAUCCCCUUGCCUCCUUUCCAAGUGGCAGAGGCUGCCCACUUAACACCCGAUAAUCAAACGCGCCCUCCCCCUCCCCCUCCUCAACUCAUACCUCCACCGCGCUUCCCAGCUGCUGCAAAUGAUAAUCUCUUGCAUCCUCUACCCGACCUCUCACAGCCACCACCCUCUGCAGCCAUCAUUGUUUUCUGGGAACGAUGUUAUUUUUCGUCAAGACUUGGAAUUAUCAUUUGUGCCCGAAAUGGGCUCCUUCGAAGAAUCUCUGAAGAAACAUUACUCGACAGGAUGCGUAUUCGGAUAUCAGGGAGUCUCUCCAGGUUGAACCGCUAUUUUGCAUUAUGA